AUGGGUUGCUGCGAGCUGCGGGCGCGGCUGGGAGCAGCAGAAGCAGCAGCAGCAGCAGCAGGGGCGCCCCACAGCAUGAACGUGGACGGGGACAUUUCUUUAUCUUUUUCUCCUUUUUAUCAUUUGGUGGUUUCUGAAUUACAAACAAUUUGUCUUCUUCAAUUUAACUCCAAAGAAACCCUCACUUUGCCUGAACUCGCGCAACAUUCGGGCUUCCCUGAAGCAGAACUGGCCAGAGAAUUGGGGGCCCUUUGCCUUCCUGCUGCAGAGAUAUUAAUUAAAGAGACUGUCAACGGAGUUGACACUUUCCGAGUUAACCUCCAUUUCAAUUCGCCCCACAAACGCAUCCAAAUACCUCAGGCGGCCUUCCAAACCUCCUUCGAGGGCGGGAGCGCGGGGGAGGCCGCGGGGGAGGGGGACCUCAGCCACCAGCUGGACGCGGGAAUAGUGAGGGUUUUGAAAAGACAGUCUUUAAUUAAACAUCAAGAACUUUUAAUUCUUUUGACAAAAACUUUAAAUAAACCUUUUGACUCUUCUCUUUUGAAAAAAAGAAUCGAAAGCCUCAUCGACAGAGACUACAUCGCCAGAGACCCCCACGACAGCCAGGCCUACCGCUACGUCGCUUGA